AUGGAUGAUAGUUUCAGUCGGUGGCGUGAUUCGCCUUCUCGUGUAGAGAGAAUGUCCUUCGUUAUUUCUGAUAGCGACGAGGAUAUCGUUAACAAUGCUACUAAAGAACAAAUUUUUGUGGUGGAGAGCAGUGGGAGCAGCACAAAUGUUUCUGGGCGUUCAACUCCACAAACUUUGGUUUCGUCUAACAAAUCUUCCUCUGCAACAAGAAAUGUGAAUAAACGCGACCGUAAAAACUUUAUGCAUCAUGAUUCUGACAGUGAGACGGACAAGAUCGACCUUACUUAUUCCAGUGAUGAGAUGGAAGAGGAUGACACAAUAGACGAUAAAGAAACAAAGCUGCAACACAAAUUUAAGAAUGUUAAAAAGAAAACCUCCAGUGUCUUUCAAUCUGAUAUUUCUGGUAGCUCGUAUGAAAAUGGGUCCAACGAUGACAACACAAUGCAAGAGAAUUUCAGUGAUUCCAGCAUGCAUUUACCCAAAAAGAGAACAGAAAGGCAACAUACUGUGUCAACCAUUAUUACUGUGGAUGAUGAAGAUAGUUUGGAAGCCGAAGUUGCGGUAUCGCUGGCGAAAAAAGAAAUUGGCGUUGGUAACAUAGAUCCACUGGUCGCGCAAAAAAGAGCUCUGCUCGUUUGCAAAAUGGAACAGUUACAGGGUCAACUAAGCAAAACAAAGCUGUUGCUUACGACUGGUAACAUAGACUUGCUACCGGACAAAGGCAAAAAAUUGCGCGAGAGUAUCGUAAUGCAGGAAAGGGAAAUCGAAGAAGUUGCGAAUGAAUUGGAAAACACUCCGCUCGUGCAAAAUGAUCAGAGACGGUCACACUCGUUCACCCAAGACGUGUCUUUUGUCAAAGAAGAAUUUAAACCUCAGAAAGAUACACAAUGGGAGGAAUUUGAUUCUCAUCACGACGUAGAUUACAUUCCAAUGGAGCCUACAUCGUCGUUGGAAGUUAAGGAACUCGGUAAAAAGGCUCAGGCGACGUUGAGUAAAGAAUUAGCAUUGACGGUCGAUAGAUUACAAGAUCUCCAUGGAUCCCUGGUCGCUAGACCGUCCGAAGACGAGAGAGCCGAAGAUCCGCGAGGGUUGAAAGUAAAGUUAAUGCCGCAUCAACAGCACGCAUUAGCGUGGUUGAUAUGGAGAGAAGAACAAAGACCUCCUGGUGGCGUUCUGGCCGACGAUAUGGGUUUGGGUAAAACUCUGACAAUGAUAUCGUUGAUCAUCGCUAGCAUCGCUAAAAAGAAACACGGUGAUACGAACGAGGGAAGCGACGACGAAUGGUCCGACCAUAAGUCACCGUUGCGACACAAAGGAGGCACGCUGGUAGUUUGUCCAGCAUCUUUACUGUCGCAAUGGGAAAAUGAGAUAACGAACAGAUGCAAACGGGGCAUGCUUUCGGUCGAAGUUUAUCAUGGUUCCAAUCGUGAGAGUGUGCCAAAAAGAUUAGCGAAAAACGACGUGGUUAUUACAACGUACAAUAUAUUGUCCCGUGAAUUUAAGACGAGAUCGACGGUGUACAGGAUUCAUUGGGAGCGUGUAAUAUUGGACGAAGCGCACAUCGUUCGAAAUCAUAAAAGUCAAGCAUCCGAAGCUGUCUGUGGGUUGUUGUCGAGUAAACGAUGGGCUCUCACUGGUACUCCCAUUCAGAACAAGGAAUUGGAUUUAUACUCAAUUUUGAAGUUUCUUAAAUGUUCGCCGUUCGACGAUAUCCGUGUAUGGAAGCGGUGGGUAGAUAAUAAGAAUGCUGCCGGUCGCCAGAGGCUGGCAACCGUAAUGAAGACCCUGAUGCUUCGUCGAACGAAACAAGAGCUUCAAGCUAAAGGCUGCCUGGAAAGUUUACCGGAAAAAUUCAUAGAGGAGGUGACCGUGAAGCUCGAUGCGCAAGAGAAAUUGGUCUAUGAAAAAGUUUUGAUUUAUUCUCGUACGUUGUUCGCACAGUUUUUGGCGCAAGGUGCCGAGAAACAUCAUAUGUUCGAUUUAGCCGGAGGAAAAUACGAUACACCAACAUUUCUUUCAAAUCCGAACAAGAAUACUCAAUUUACAAAAGCGCAAAAUAAAUUAUUAUCGAUGCACGCUGACGUUAAAACCCACGAGAUUUUGGUCCUGUUGCUAAGAUUACGACAAAUUUGCGUUCAUCCGUCGCUCAUUCACUCGAUGUUGGACCAAGAAGAUAUCGAAGCGACCGGCUUAACGGAAACGGAAAAUAUGGAUCCUAACUUAUUGUCGCAAAUGACUAACAUAAAAUUGUACGAUUUGGAAGGUAACAAAGGGGUCGAACAAGAGAUAGGUGUUGACAGUAGGGUAGCUACGAAUGUGCUCACAUCGAAGAAUACGGUGUUCCAGGCGGACCGUAUAAGUUCUAAGAUUAAAAUGAUGCUUCGCAAGGUCGAGGAGAUUUUAUUGAAAGACGAUAAAUUAAUAAUCGUUUCUCAAUGGACGAGUAUGCUGAAUAUUGUGGCGUCCUUUUUACCUACGAUAAAGGGUGCUACGUUCAAGAUGUUCACGGGCAACGUGGCGAUCAAGGACAGACAGGGCGUAAUGGAUGCGUUUAACUCUCGGCACACUGAUCCGAGAAUACUAUUAUUGUCCCUCACCGCCGGAGGCGUUGGAUUGAAUUUAGUCGGCGGAAAUCAUUUGCUUCUCUUGGAUAUCCAUUGGAAUCCGCAACUGGAGGUGCAGGCACAAGACAGGAUUUAUCGCUUCGGACAGAAGAAGAACGUUUUUAUAUACAAGUUCAUUUGCGAGGACACGAUAGAGGAGCGCAUCAAACAUUUACAAGAGAAAAAGAUGGAAAUAGCACAGAACGUUCUCAGCGGCGACAAGAACACGGCCGUCUCGAAACUUACUUUGAAUGAUCUCAAAUCUUUGUUUGCUCUGUAAGGUAAAGUCUCUUUGGUUUCGUUUUGCUAAGAAAAUUGUAUUAUAUGUCAGACUUAGAUUUCUCGAUAUCAUUGUUUUUCUUUUCGUUUUACUAUAAAAGUGCGUUACGGUGAAUGGUUCAUUCGACCGAACGAUUUAUUAUUUAGAUCAGUUUCUAAAUUUGUUUGUGAACGUAAAAUAACAGGGAAAUAUAAACGAUAUGUCAC